GAAUUAGCUUGCAUCUGAUACACGGUGAAAUUUUUUUGUUAAGUGCAUUUUUGUUGCUUGUCGAUCAUAUUAAUUUUGCCUUUACCGUGGUUUUCAAUUUUCAUGCUUGCGGUUAGAAGGAUGGUGCGCUACGGCUGUAUAUUGGCAGGAAUAUCUGCUCUUCUGGCUGCGACUGAGGGACAGCAGCAAUCGACGUGUGCAACAUUCAAAGGUUGCGGCAUUCCCGUCGUCGUCAACACCGUAAACAAUCCCGAUCCCUUUAAGUAUGACGGAACCUGGUACAUGUACCGGCAAACCGGCUCCUACACCAUUAACCAAAUCUACAAUCUUGUAACACUGAAGAGGCGUACUGCAUUUCCAUUCAGCAAUACGGUGGCAGUGGCAUUUUAUAUUGAAAUAGCACAUUAUAACAGCCCCAACGAUACUCAGUGCGUUCAGCGCUACUUUGCCGGUAUGUGUGCUGUAAACGGACAGUGUCUUGGAAAAGCUUAUUCAUCCCUAGAUGGCUAUGUUCCUGCUGCCAGCGACUUUAGCUUGCUGUACGGGGAUCCCGAGGAUUUGUAUGUUGUGUACGUAUGCGUCAAGCCCAACUACAAGACCGGUAUGUGCGACAGUCCCUUCUUCUCUGUCGUCAUCCGCACCCGACCGGAUCUUUUGACCGCUGCCAAGAGUAAAUCCAUAGAUGAUAUCGUCGAUUCCAUACUGGCUCCCUAUUGUAUUUCAACGGCAGAUAUUCCCCUGCAGAUCCACAAUCACAGCGUGUCGUACUGUCCCCAAUUGGACAACCUUCCUCCUUGCAUUCAAGGGGUUAUAACCGGCCUCACAAAUGAUGUCGCAAACACUAUUAGUAACUAAAUGGGCAGAGUUCUGAUAUGUAUCUUAAAAUCGCAGACUAUUAUAAGGGAUGCCUGAUUAUAAGUUUUGAAGUUUUCAAAUUUCCCAACUAAUUUCAAAUGCCGCUUAGGCGUUGUAGCACCGCACCGGUGUGUACAGUACCUCUACACAUAGCUCACUGCGUUGCACAGGUUUUCUCGCCUUUCAUCUUUAACUCGCUCCUUUCUCAUUCUUCGUCUACUUGUGGCUGAAUCUGUUCCUAAAAUCGAGCUAAAACAAAAACAUUUUUACAGUGCUUCUGUGAGGAAGCUGCUUCUUUUCCGAAAUGUUGCUACAAUGCCUGCUGUCUCUGGGAUAGGUAGGAGAAUCAUGCAUGGCUUUUCCUGAAUAUCGAUUCUCCGAAAUAAUUUGUGUAUGGUUCCCGCA